CAUUGAUAAAUAGUGAGAAAGAUAAAUUAAACUAAAAAUAACUGAAUAAUAAUAAUCAACAAAAUGAAUACGGUUCUCAAAGAGAUUUUUACUCGUAUGAAACCAUUAUGCGAGGCGAUGAUGGUUACCCCUUCUAAAGAAAAUGUAGCCGGCUUUGCGGCUGUUGUAGGCGAAUUGAAUAAUGAUCAUGUUCAGGAAAUGCACCAAUACCUUCUUUAUCCUCUGAUCACUCACUUCAGAUCAAGAGGGAUGCAAGGUAAACUUGAACAGCAAAAAAAUAUUGUGGAUGCCUUGACAGUUGUGCUGGAAAAAGUACACAUAAAUAACACUGACAUAUGUUUAAAAAUAUUAACUGGUUUCAUGCCUUUGAUAUUUGACAAAACAAGACCUGGGAUGAUUGCCGAUGUACCAGAGGAGGUUAAACUAAGUGCAAUGAAAUGUCUCACAGCACUAAUGCUUGGUAUUGACCAGGAUAUCAGAAUCCAACUAUUCAAAACCCAAGUACCACUACUAGCGCAGAUUAUUUUUGUAUCUGUACAUAUUGCAAAACUUGAAAAGUUACGAUCACUUAGAUUAGCAGCAAUAAAAAACAUGACAGCUUUCACAGCUAUUCAUGACAAGCUGACAGACAGUGCAUAUCAAAUAAGGGACAGUAACACUGAAUUUGUAGUCGUAGAUAUGCUUUCAAGCAUAUUACCGGGUGUUCUAUCAGCUUUGCAAGAUAUUGCUAUGGACACACAUAAUCCGGGACAUGCUGUUGUUGUGUCAGCUCUAAACACAAGCCACCGUGUGAUUUGUAUAACAAUGAAUGAUAAGCUGUUACCGAAGAAAUCAAGUGUGACAGCCAAAGACUUUGCGGACAUGAUCGCAGAAAAGACAAGUUGCGUAGACAAAGAUGUAAGCAGCAAGGGUCUAAAAGACAUAGUCCGUCGGUCACCGGAGUGGUACACAAUGGCAGGUGAGAAGCUGUCGCUGGUGGUGCGCAGUCUGGUGCCGCUCAGUGCGCACGAGCAUGUCAAAGUGCGCAAAGAACUUGCCGUGUUGUGCUCCAGGAUAUUGAACGAGUGCAAUCAAUCAAUGCAGCCAUCGAUACCUAUAGUUCUAGAUGUAUUGCUGUCCCUUUCUAACGACAGCUAUCCGCAUGUAGCGCAGUACUGCUCACGCGUUCUCAAGGUUUACUUCACGGAUUCGCCAAAAGAGAAAAUUGUCGACACCCUGGAUACAUUAUGCGAGAACUUUCUCAAUGUUGUUACUAAUUUGCCGAGGGUUUUGAAUAAUAUUAAUUCAAGUCGUAAACUGGUGGGUCUGGACCUCGUGUACGGGUACAUACGUGUGCUGAGCUACGGAGGCGGAGGUCGUCUGACGUCAGCGCUGACGUCACGCGGCGGUCUGCCCGCGCUGUGUGACGCGCUGCGACACGCCGCCGCACUGCACACGCAGCGUGUCUCACUCGCCACGCGCCCCCCCGCUGACACUCACGUCACAGAACUGACAAGUAACCCAUUACCCACGUCUCCGUGGCUGGAGUUUCGUCAUCUGGACAAUGCUGCGUGCGUGUCCCGGCUGCGGGAGAUCUGCCAGCUCGUGGCGGAGGCUGACUGCGCCCAUCUCGUGCUGGACCAUCUACUGGACCUCUUCCAGCAGAGAGACUGCGAACUGGCUUAUAUCAUUAAUUGUAUUGGAUCCGCACCAAAAUCCUCGCCGACGCUCGCCAAGCGCAUCUUGGAUAUAUAUCUGGAGGAGGACCUGUGGUACCUACCGUUGGAGCUGGAUGUAGAGGAUCCCGCCCUCAGUCGGGAGGAAACCUUGGAUGUCAACGUGUACAACCCCAGGGGAUGGACUAAAGAUAGUGUUCCAGGUUUGUUCGAGGGUGCGACAGAGGUGCGCUACACCGGCAUCAGCUACCAGCAGCCGCGCCCCCCGCCCCCCACUGUGGGGGGUGCUGUCGGGGGCGGGGGGUGCCGCAGCCCGGCGCAGCUGCAGCGCCACCUGGUGCUCAGCUGCCUGCUCACUGAGGGUGUGGGGGAGAUGGCCGCCCACCUCAAAGAACACUUCCAGCCUUACCUCAUGAAGACCUUGUGUCUCCUACUUGAGAGAGUGGGCAGUCGUUACGAGUUGCUGCACAUAGCGGGUCUGCAGGCGAGCACGUGCGUGUCUGCGGCGUGCGGACACGCGGGUACGGGGGAACUCAUCGCAGCUAAUGGAGAUUAUCUCACCAAUCAAAUUACAAACAAACUAAAAAAGGUGUGGAACAUCCAGUCAGCUCUGGAGAUCUUGUCUGUGGUGAUGAGAUACAGCGACACCGCGAUACUGGACUACUUGUACGGCAUCGUUGACGACGUGCUGGUUCAAAGUUGCGACAAAUAUCAUGAAAAAGAUCUCUACGCGUAUUUACAAGUGUUUCUAACAUUUAUCACAUAUAUAAGAAAAUGGUUUCAUAUAGAGGAAGAAAAAACCAUAUCAAAGGAAACUGAAAUACCGAAUGUUUUGAAGGAUGUUCUAGAAUUUGCUAAGAAUCAAAAAGAAGUAGAGGAAAUGUUACAGAAAGAGGAUGUAGACAAGAAGAGUGCGGAGGAGAUGUAUUUAGAAGAUGUGAAGAAUAAAGAAGAGAACGAAAUGGAUUUUGAUGAUACUGUAACAAAAGAAGCAGCUCCACUACCUCGUCACGUAACCGUGACAGUGUCCAUCUUGCGACGUACUAUCAACUUCAUGACGUCACCGCGACGUGACGAGAGCGUGCUGGCGCUGCGCGUGGUCCGCAGCGGUCUGGUCGUGCUGCAGGAGCACGAGGAGCAGCUGCUGCCGCUUGUCCACGCCGCCUGGUCCCCGCUCAAUGCCACCGUGACGCAGCCGCCCGUCGCCAUGGCGGCGCUAGAUCUACUCGUCACCAUGGCAACGCUGUCUAAAGAUUUUAUAAGAAGUCGUGCCUCCAAAGAUGUUCUACCACACAUAUACAAGUAUCUAAAAACCAGCUCAUCAGAGAGCUUACUGAAGGACAAAGGGUCUGCAUACCGGCUGAGCGCAGCGUACCGGCUGCAGGAGGCCAUGCUGCGCGCUCUGCCGCGCCUGCUGCUGCAGCUGGCGGUGGACGAGGCCGAGCUGCAGGUGGCCAUGGACGCCGCUGUACUAUAUCUGUCUAAGAACCAACCACAACCACUACAGGAAUUAUCAGUGAAUUUCUUCAGUGAAAUAUUAUCAUAUAAUUACGGCGCGGUGUGGUACUUCCUGCGCACCUUCUGCGGCAACGAGCGCGUGCUGACCCCGCCCCGUGACGUCACCACUCUGCAGCUCUGUGACGUCAUCGGCACUCCAUACAAGUGCACGCACACAGACUACGAUAAGAAUAUCAAAUUGCUAUUCAAAAAGCAUAAAUGUUAAGGAAAUUUAACCUUGUAAAUAAGCUAUGUGUAUUUACUUAAAUGUUCUAUGUAUUGAUCUUCAUUCUAUGACAAGAAUUUAAAACAAUUGUUUAACCUUUUCGCAGCCAGUCUUCUAUAUAAGACAAAAAACAUUCCUUACAAAUCAUGGAGUACACAUAAUAGUCAGUAUAUUUUGGUAUUUUUAAUUACUAUACUUAAAGUUUAAUGUACGUUUAAACAUUUAUAAAAGGAACGUUAAUUACCGGCUCACAGAA